AUGUGCCACACCUACAUCAAGUCCUACCCAUGCGGCCACUCGGCGCUCGGCCACCGCUUCUGCGACGAGAUCGAGCUCUCGACGCCGCACCACGAGCCCGCGCCCUGCGCCACCGUCGCUUUUACUCUGGACGUCGAGCACCCGCCUGCGCCGUGCCCGAUCACGCACUGCGCCUUCCAGGCCAAGGGCCGCGGCUGGGUCUGCUGCGUCUGCGGUGUUGGCGGGAAUAUGAUUGGGUCUUGUGCUGGACGGGAUGCGGCGGGGCGCAAGUGCUGUCAUGUUUGUUGUGGGGGUUGUCGUUCGACGGUGGGCACGGUGGGCGUCGAGGAUCGAGACGGUGCUGAGGACUGCGCUGAGGACGGAAAUGAAGAUGGGGAUGGAGGUGGAGAGGGAGAGGGAGAUGGAGAUGCGUUUGCGGAUGCCGACGCAAAUGAGACUGAUAGUGAGCAUGGGGAGGAGGUCGUCGAGUCGGUGUGCGUGGGCGGUAUCGGUGUUCUCGCUGGUGUCGCUGCUUUCUACUUCGCUCGCUGGGUGCUGCCGAUGUUGGCUUCGCACGAUUUCGCAAGGGGCUACUGGGGCGGCCUUGAGCGCGUGGGCCGAUAA